AUGGCUCCAUCUUCCACUUCUUCAUCCUCCCUCGAUCGCCUCAACAGCAUCGCCAGUCACAUCUCCCCCGCCAUGUCUACCAUUUCGAGUUUCCCUGCCGACUCCGUGCCCCAGGCACCCGAGGACGCUCUCUUUGGCCUUGCCCGCGCUUACAAGGCCGACACGAGCUCCAACAAGGUUGAUCUGGGAAUUGGCGCCUACCGUGACAACAACGCAAAGCCCUGGGUUCUACCCGUUGUCAAAAAGGCCGACGAAAUCCUCCGAAACAACCCCGAACUCAACCACGAGUAUGCUCCGAUCGCCGGUAUCCCAGAGUUCACCUCCAAGGCCAGCGAGCUGAUGCUCGGUGCCGACUCCCCUGCCAUCAAGGAGGGCCGUGUCACGUCCAUGCAGACCAUCUCGGGCACUGGUGCUGUCCAUCUGGGUGCCCUCUUCCUUGCCCGCUUCUACAAGGGUUCCCGCCAAGUCUACGUCUCCAACCCGACCUGGGCCAACCACCACCAAAUCUUCCGCAAUGUCGACCUCGAGACCGUCGAUUACCCUUACUUUGAUAAGAAGACUCGUGGUCUCGACUUUGAGGGCAUGAAGUCCACCAUUCAGUCCGCGCCCGAGGGCUCCAUCAUCCUCCUCCACCCCUGCGCUCACAACCCUACCGGCGUCGACCCUACGCUAGACCAGUGGAAGGAGCUUGCUGCCAUUAUCCGCAGCAAGAAGCAGUUCCCCUUCUUCGACUGCGCCUACCAGGGCUUUGCCUCUGGCAACCUGGCUCGCGACGCCGCCGCUGUCCGCUACUUCAUUGAGCAGGGCUUCGAGCUUGUCAUUGCCCAGAGCUUCGCCAAGAACUUUGGUCUCUAUGGCGAGCGUGCUGGCUGCUUCCACGUCGUCACCGGUCCCGGUGCCGACGCCAAGUCCACCAUUGGCCGCAUUGCCUCCCAGCUCGCCAUUCUCCAGCGCUCCGAGAUUUCCAACCCACCUCUGUACGGUGCCCGCAUCGCUGCCACCGUCCUCAACGAUACCGCUCUCUUCAAGGAGUGGGAAGGCAACCUCGAGACCAUGUCUGGUCGCAUCAUCGACAUGCGCAAGGCCCUGCGAUCAAAACUCGAGUCGCUCGGCACCCCCGGCACUUGGAACCACAUUACCGACCAGAUUGGCAUGUUCAGCUUCACUGGUCUGACAGAGCCUCAGGUUCAGAAGCUCCGCGAAGAGUACCACAUCUACAUGACCAAGAACGGCCGUAUCAGCAUGGCCGGUCUCAACACACACAACGUUGACCAUGUUGCCACAUCAAUCAACAAGGUCGUUUCUGCUUCUCAGUAA